AUUCCCCGCCUUUCGACAUAAAAAUGGCCAAGAAAAGAGAGCGCCGAGUCGCCCCGAGUGCGAAACGCGGCUACGAUCGAGUCGAACCGCCGGACCAGUUCUGCGGCGCAAUCCGGCAGCACACAAUCACCGCAUUUCUCUUCUUCUGCGUCGCUGUAUCGACCGGCGUGCUCGCGUACCGCAUCAAAUAUGCUCCGACGGCGAACCUGGCGGAUUCCUACCCCGUCCACGAGCGAGGAAUCGUGAAGCGUGAUGUGAAUUACCAAGAGAUCCUCACUGAAAAUGGAAAGGUUUCCGAAAAUACGAGUAGGAGGCACUUUGAAUAUCCUGCAUUGGCCUACAUUACUCCAUGGAAUUCCAAGGGCUAUGAUAUGGCAAAAAGGUUCAACUCCAAGUUUACUCAUUUAUCUCCAAUUUGGUACGACUUAAAGAGCCAAGGCAAUAGCUUAAUUCUGGAAGGUAGGCAUAAUGCUGAUACAGGAUGGAUCUCAGAGAUUAGGAUUGCAGGCGAUGCUAGGGUAUUGCCUAGAGUCGUUCUGGAAGCAUUUCCAGCAGAGCUCCUUACAAAGAAGAAGCAGAGGAGUAAAGCUAUUAAUCUUCUAGUGAACGAGUGCAAGGAGAUGGGAUAUGAUGGUAUUGUACUGGAAUCUUGGUCAAGGUGGGCAGCGUUCAGAAUUUUGCAUGAUCCAAGCAUGCGGAAUAUGGCAUUGCAGUUUAUUAAAGAGCUUGGAGAUGCACUACAUGGUGUGAGCUUAGAGAAGAAUGAUAAGCAACGGUUGCAAUUAGUCUAUGUUAUAGGUCCACCACAAUCAGAGAAGCUCCAACCGCAUGAUUUUGGACCAAAAGAUCUUCGGAGCUUGGAUGAUGCUGUGGAUGGGUUCUCACUUAUGACGUAUGAUUUCUCUGGGCCCCAUAAUCCAGGUCCCAAUGCACCUUUGAAGUGGAUUCAUUCCACCCUCUGGCUGCUCCUUGGUACGGAUGAAGAUUGUGCUCGAGCUCGCAGAAUAUUUCUUGGCAUCAAUUUCUACGGCAAUGAUUUCCUCCUCAAAGGAGGUCCGGGUGGUGGUGCUAUCACUGGAAGGGAUUACCUGUCCUUGUUGGAGAAGCACAAGCCCCAGUUGCAAUGGGAAAAGAACAGUGCAGAACAUUUGUUCUAUUACUCCGAUGAUGAAAAUAACUACCACGCCGUGUUCUAUCCGUCACCAAUGUCAAUUUCCGUGAGGCUAGAGGUAGGUCGCUACUGGGGAUGCGGCAUCUCGAUAUGGGAAAUUGGGCAAGGUCUGGAUUUCUUUUUCGAUCUUCUGUAAACCAGUCCUCAUUUGAUCUUCUAACAAAGUUUUUGUUAGGGGUGACAAUAAUUUGAAGAAAUAUAACACAUUUCAAGAA